CCGUUGCGAGGAAGCGGAAUCGUGUCGGCCAAUCGCAGCGCUGGAGGCGGGAUUAGUCCGAAUGCGGGUCGGAGAGAUGAAAUGACUGUACUGCAGCUGAGCGGAGGGAAAUGUCGGUGAGUGGAGGAGGUUCAGGUAGUGCUGCGUGUCCGUGUGCGUGUUUAUGCGUGAGAGAGGAGAAGAGAGGCUCUGAGAGCGCGCUGUGGGGACUGUAGGAGGGUUCAGUGAGCUCCGGUGAGCGGCGUUACAGGAGCAGUGACCGGGAUGACAGAGAGCUGGAUUCACUGACACUGGAGCAGGAGCACGAGCAAGAGCACGAGCAGGAACAGGAGCACGAGCACAAACAGAAACAGGAGCACGAGCAGAAACAGGAGCACGAGCAGGAGCAGAAGAUUUGCAUAGCCAAAGCUCUGAGAGCUGACAGUCCGGACCUGAGCUCUGAGCUGGAGCUCACACUGCACCUGGUACAGCUCACACCUUUCUUCUUUUCUCCUUCCUAAAACUCUACAAAGCCGUAAUGUCAGGUGAGCAGUGGGAGAGCAGCAGAUGUCCGGCUACAUGGAGGCCCGAGCUCUUCACGCACUGACGAUCUGAGUAUCGGGAGAGAGUGAGGAUGCUGGGGGAGGGGAGAGUAGUGGAGGAAUGGCUUUCAGAAUUCAAGACAUUACCCGAGUCUCAAUUCUCCAGCUAUGCGAGCUCUCUCUAUCGGAAGAAGAAUCUGGUUCCGGCCCUCUACAGAGUCAUCCAGGACCCCAACAGCGAGCUUUUGGAACCAGUGUGCAAUCAGCUGUUUGAACUGUACCGGAACUCAGAUGCCCGUCUGCGGCGCUUCACCCUGCAGUUCCUGCCCGAGCUGGUGUGGGUUUACCUGCGAUUCACGGCAAGCAGGGAGCGCCAGAUCAACGGCUGCAUCGAGGCGCUGCUGCUGGGCAUCUAUAACCUGGAGAUUGUAGACAAAGAGGGAAACAGCAAGCUGUUGUCCUUCACCAUUCCUUCACUGUCAAAACCAUCUAUAUAUCACGAGCCCUCCAGUCUCGGUUCCAUGGCUCUGACAGAGGGAGCUCUAUGUCAGCAUGAUCUAAUCAGAGUGGUUUACAGCGGCCUGCAUCCCCAGAGAGAGACCUUCACCGCACAAAACAGGUUUGAGGUGCUGUGUUUCCUCAUGCUGUGCUACAACUCAGCCGUGGUGUACAUGCCCUCCUCGUCAUACCAGGCUGUGUGCCGCAUGAGCUCACGGUUGUGUGUGUGUGGGUUUCCACGGCAGCAGCAGAAGACGUGGCGGGAACCCUGUAACCGCGUGGUGCUGGACCCUGAGUUUAUGGUGCAGAUGCUCACUGCCGUUUAUCAUGCCAUUUAUAAUGGGGAGUGGGAUCUGGGGAGAGAGGCGCUGGAUGAUAUCUUAUACAGAGCUCAGCUGGAACUCUAUUCUGAGCCUCUGCUGUUGGGGAACGCAAUGAAGAACUCCUUGCCAGACAGCGCUCCAGAUGGUUCUCGAGGGAAGAAGGUACUGCAGGUGGAGGUGACUCCCACCGUCAGGAGGAUCUCUCGCUCCGCCAUUACUGCAGCCUCGAUUCGCAGGCUUCGCUGGAAGAGAGAAGAUUGUUUUGACUUCUCGACCGAAGCCGAGUUCAACCUCUCCAUCCAUUCCGGUCUGCACACUUCCAUGGAGCCGGCAGCCAAUCCCAUGCGAGGAGGGAGGGGCGUACUCGCAGUCACACUUGAGGAUGCUGAUGGCAUGAGCGGAGGUGAAGAGUCCUUCAACCUGAACGACCCCGAUGAAGGGUUCUCGUCCGGAGCGUCCAACAGCAGCCAGCCGAGCACAGGCAGACCCGCGGGGAGUGGAGGAGGGCGGGCCAGCACCCAAAAGAGCACCAAGAAGAGCAGUUCAAGUCGCACACACCGGGAAAAAGAGAGAGAUAUUUCAGCUGAGAAACAUAAAGAGCCGCAGCACCCACAGAGAGCUCAGUCUCCUCCACCUGCCGUCACACUGGACACCAUUGAACUGACCCCCAUGAAGAAGACGCAGAGCCUGAGCCGGACCUGCAGUAUGAACGCCGGAGUGAGCGGAGAGCAGGAGGAAGGAGGAACAGAAGGAGGGCUCGGCUCCGGAGGAGGAGCAGGAGGAGCGCAUCGCCUUUCCAGCCUCAGUCUGAAAGAGGAACAUCUGGUGCGGCCUGAUGGGGGGAAAGAUCUGCUGUCUCCUGGAGCUCCUCUUACCAAGCAGUCUCGCUCGCCCAGUUUCAACAUGCAGAUCAUAUCGCAGGUGUAACUCGCACAUCUGCAUCAACAUCAUCUCAUCUGCUCAGUGUUUCUCUCCGUCCAUUUUUUAAAGCAGAACCCUGGUCAUUGGGGUGGGUCUGUCUCUCGUUCUCUCUCUCUUUCUCUCUCUGUUUUUCUGUGGGUUUUCCACCCAUUUUAUGCAAAUCUGAAUUGGCACAAAUGAAACAGCAGUAAAAUAUGGUUUAUUUGGGCUGAGGUAGAAACGUUGGAUAAAGCGAAGGCUGAUAAACAGAAAUCAAUAUGUCACUAUACAGAAUAUACAAAAUUAACCAUGAUGGAAAUUUUUAAGACAUUUGUAAAAUAUUUGGACGGAAACAAAACCUUCUUUCUUCUCUAUGUCUCUCCUCCUCUCUCUGUGUAUUUUCCUCAGACCAAAUUAAGCAUUCCACUUUUAACAGACCGAGGCAGCGUGAUGUUUUGGAUUUGGAUGUCCCACCUGAUCUACACUGGUCAGGUCUCAGACGCAUCUCCACUGUGUCGCCGAUAUGGAGAUGUGAUGAACAUACUGCCUCAUGAACGCUCAACAGAAACAACACAGGCUUGCUAACUCGUUUUGACAAAGAAGCAUGAUGGUUAACUUUAAACCCCAGUGUUUCAGGGGUAAAUACAGGCCAGUCCCUAUUAUUAAAGCUAUUACCUGUGUUUCCAGUUCAGCAUUGAGUGUUUUAACCACUUUUGAGGCAGUGGAGAUGGAGGUUGAGUUAAUCUGGCUCUAGCCAGUAGAGAUCAGGCAUAUUAUAUUAUUUAUUGUUAUGGGACUUCAGAGAUUAGUCUAUAUUUUUAAAAAUUAAGCAAUAAAUCUUAGGUUGUUCAUCUGACACAAAGCAAUCACUGCAGUGUCUCAGUAUGCAUUCCUGCUGAACUCCUGGGUCCUGUGCAAUUUCUAUCAAGGUCUUUUAUUAUCAUUAUUAUUAUUAUUAUUAUUAUUAUUGUAGUCAUUGAAGGUAAAACCUAAAGAUAUUUAGUUCUUUUCAUCUCUGCGUUCCGUCCCAAAGACGGCUGUAUUUAUUAUUUUAAACGUUUUCAAUCUUCAAACAAAAUCAUAUUUAGUCUUUACCAUUAUCUAUGACCUUGCCUUGAUUUUGCUUUAAAAACACAACACAAUCUAUUAAUAUAUGGUUUGACCUGUAUGGUUUGAGUUUUUUUUUUUUUUUUUUAAUCGACAUGUUUAAUCAAACGACAAUGUAUUUUGUUGACUUCUAGUCGUUUUAGAUUCGUCUGUCUCAAAUACCAGAGGCCAAGAUGUUUAAGAAUGUUGUUGGUGUGUAUCUGCUGAUGAUCUGAUCCCAAGCAGGAGAAUUGUACAAAUGUGUAGAGAAAAAGAAAACGUUGCUGAGUUGAAUGAUAUUUCUUGUGUACUCUGAGAGAGCCCUGAACCUUUCUGGACUAAUGCUGAGUGGGCGAACAUUUCUCACGAUCUUCCUCUUCAAGAGAUUUGUGAAGAAGCUUAAGCAUGAUUCUGAUGUGCUGGUGUCAAACACACAUGGUAAAGCUGUAAUAUCCUGUAUUACCCUCAGAAGUCUUGUGUGUGUCUGCGUGUGUGUGCAUAUGGGUGUGCACGUGUGUGUGUGUCUUGUAUUUGUGUCAGGCAAUCAAACAGGGAUCCUUGAUUCAUUAGUUCUACCUCGUCUUCUAUCCAUCAGCCGUUGAAACACUGGACUCUCAUACUGUCUAGCUGUGUGCUGAAAAAUCCCUGAAAAUGACUGAAGAUUUAUCCCUGAAUGUUGAGUUUCGGUUCUUCUGUCCAAAAUCAUUUCAUUCAAGGUCUGUUUUAAUACAUUCAUAUUCAUGUGAUCUCUUGAUGGUGCAUUUAACCAGAAACUCCAUCUAGUGGUUGAACCUGGUGACAUUUUGUUCUCGCAGGAUAAUCAUAAGCGUGUAGGUGUCAGUCCUUUGUGUGUUUUGGUUUUGUUGUUUGUUUGUUUUUUAACCAUUAGCUAGUCUGCAUGAACGUCAUAUUUCUGCUGUUUGAUUUUAGACCUUCAGUCACUGAGCAGAACUUCAGUUCAGUAAUAGGCGUCACUGCAGAUUUGGUUAAUGUGAAUGUUGGCUUUCAUCCAUCAUGCUGUUUAGUGUACACUGAACCACUGAGUAGACGUGUGCAUCGGAACUGGAACCCCACACAACCCAAAAAAAAAGUCACACAGUUUUUUCUGUCGUUGCUGCAGAAGGUCAGAUAUUUGGGAAAAUAGAAUCAACUAACUUCAAUAAAAAUAUAUUGCGGGCAUUUACAUUUAAAAAUAACUGCAAGGUCUGAAGAGAUUAGUCAACACUUCUGCAGGAGCAGACAGGCUUGGUCAAACUUUCUGAGGGAGAGAUGGGAUUAGUCAACAUUUCUGCAUUGGACAAAGUUUCAGCAAGAGCUGGAAGGGGAUUAUUUUGGACAUAGAUGGGGUUGAUCAAACAUUCUGCAGGAACGGGGGUUUCUGUGGGAAGAAUUAAUCAAACUUUAUUCAGGAGUGGUUGGGAUUGGGCGAACUUUCUGCAAGAGCGGGAGGGACAACUGUGGGAACAGGCAGUAUUGGACAAACUUUAUGCUGGAAUUAAUAGGAUUGGUCAGAUUUUCAGCAGGAGUGGACGGGAUUAGUCAAACUUUCUGUGGGGCUGGUGGGAUUAGUUAGACACUCUGGCAGCAGGUGGGACUAUCAAACUUAUUGCAAGAUUGGACGGGAUUGGUCAGGCUUUUCUUAUUGAGUGGUUGGGAUUGGUCAGACUUUCUGCAGGAGCAAGCGGGAUUGGUCAAACUUUCUGCGGGAACAGGGGGAUUAAUCACAUUUUCAUGUGGGAGUCGGUGGGACUAGUCAUACUUUCUGCAGGAGCGAGCAGGAUUAGUCAGACUUUCUGUGGGAGUGGGUGGGAAUUGUCAGACUUUUUUUUUGGGAGCGAGCAGGAUUAGUCAAAUUUUUUUGCAGGAGCAGGUGGGAUUGGUCAGACUUUAUGCAGAAGCAGGGAUUGGGCACAUUUUUUGGCAAGAGCAGACGGGAUUACUCAAACUUCACAGGAGAACUGGUGAAAUGGAUUAAACAUUCUGAGGAGGUGGGCAGGACUAAUCAAAGUUUCUGAUGGUACAGGUAGAAUUAGUCAGACCUUAUGCUGUAGCGGGUGGGAUUGUGGGAGCAGGUGGGAUCAGUCAAACUUUCUGAAGGAGAGGGCGGGAUUGCUCAGAAUUCCUUUGGGAGUGGGAUUUAACGACCAGCCCCUGUGCACACUUCUACCAGUGAGUCCUCAUAAUACCUCUUCAUCUCACGUCUUAUCUGAUGUGCCAACAGCCUCCUGAGAAUGACUGCUUUCACAAUCCUUGUCUUAAGUGGAAGAUUUUUUUGAUCAUUUGGUUUGAUAGCAGUCUUAGUUUUAAUAUGUAAGUUAGAGAAGGUGUAGUGUAUUUGGAUAAAUGUGUAUAACAGUGUCUUCUAAAUCUAUAAUGCCACCCAUGCUGAGAAUUUUUUUUUCUGUGAAGAUGUAGAGUGUGUGUACCUAACCAUGGUAUGUAUGUGGUGUGGAUCUACAGGUUAUUCCUGUAGGUUUGGUUUUUUUAUGUUGUGUGCGAGGAGAGCACAGCCUGUUGCAUUAGUCUGCCAUGAUCUUUAGAUUUAUGGGUUCUUAAGGUAGUGUGGUCAGUGUGUGUGUACGGCAGAGCUGCUGGACAAACAGCUGAGAUGAUUUAUUACUCUACAGCCCUGAUUUGUUUAACUCUACUUUUCCUAAAUAAGCAGUAUGGUAAAAGUGACUUGACGAAAGUGUGUUAGGAUGAGACUUGCUGUAAUGUUUUAUUAUAAACUGUCUUAACCUCCUCUCUGUGAUGUGGAGGACUGCUGGUCUGUGCAUCUGCUGUACAGUUUGUUCUAAUGCGAGUUCUUCACCUCCUUGUACUGUACAUUGUGGUGUGUUUCACUAAUAUCUCGCCCAUUUAUCCUCAUGAAGGCUUUCUUAAUGGGUUGAAUGAGGUGUACACUGAAAAAUCCAGGUCUAUAUUUGGAACACUAGAACACGAUAUGAGACCACAUUGAGAAAAAAUGUACUAAACUGUACUUAAGCUUGUCACUGGGGUGGUACUCUCAAGGGCACAUCCUUUGUAUCUAUUAUUUUAUCUUUCACUUAAAAUGAAAUGGUGAAUGUUUCUAAAUGUACCUUUAAAACUGAAGUUGUAUAAUUAGACCUUAAGGAGCACUGCUGUACCUUUUUAAAUGGUGAAAGAUAUACUGUAUAUGAAUUGUACAAAAGAUGUAUCCUUGAUGGUUCUACAGUUGGUACAGUGUAGUACUUUUUUCUGACAGUGUAGACAGCAGCUAUCAGUUUCAAUUACAGAUUAUUUUGUCUUUUAUGUCAACAGUUAAAGGAACGGUUUAGCCAAAAAUGAAAUGUACACUUUUCGCCUUUACCCCAGAUGUAUUUGAUCAGCCAGGGCAUGUUUGGAGUUUGAAGUUUGCACGUACUCAACUUAAAAGACAUUGGGGAAGUGAUGGCUCAAUGCUCAAGGCCUGGGCUACUGAACAGAAGGUUGUGAGUUCAAAUCCCAGCACCGACAAGCUCCCACAGUUGGGUCCUUUAGCAAGACUUUUAACCAUUAAAUGCUCAGAUGGAUCCUGUCUCAAUUGUAAGUUGGCUAAUGAGCAAAUUUCUGGCUCAGUAAUAACGUUUGUACAUAAACAUCUUCACAGAGAAAAUAUCCAAAUGAAACUGCUUUAUUUUGAAAAUCUCGUAUAACCUACAAUUCUGCCUCCUACCUGAGUCUGAUGCUCAGACUGAUGUCAAACUGAGGUGAAACAAGAUAUUCUGGCUUCAAUUUGGCCAUUUUUAAUUCAAUUUAAUCAUAGUCUAUGAUAAUUUAUGCUUUUUUUUGCACAACGCUAUCUUCAGACACCAAAUUUUUUGGCUCAGUAACUACAAUGGUGGUAAUUGGGACAUUGUGUCAGUUUUCAUUUUUGGUGAAGUAUCUUGUUGGUUAUAGCGUGGAUGUGUACUAUCAAUGUCCCUUCUCUUGUUCUCACUCAGACCAAACCGCUAACAGAGAGAUGUGUGUUUAAUCUGCCCUCUUUGUCUCUUGGUGAGUGGCUUGCAUGUAGUGAGUGUAGGCCUUCUUUUCAUACGAUGCACUUUAUCCAGACUUUGGUGUUGUCGGUGACUGACAAUAGAUAUAUUUGUGUGUGUGUGUGCGUGUGUGCGUGUGGAUAUGUUUAUGAGAAAAUGUGUGCAUGUGAAACAGAACAGAAGUGAAUGCCAACUCCUACUACAGUCUACUCAGCUACUAUUACAGUGGAACGUACACCGUUCCUCGCAAUCCAAAUAUUCUGUACAGGAACAGAUCUCCGUUUGGUGUUCUUCAGGUGUUCUUCCUACUUCUCUACACCUAACAGUUGGUCGUUUCCACUGUUUUUAUUUCAAACGGAUUCUAUGCAAUUUGAGGGGUUUUUUUGUUUGUUUGUUUUUUCCAAAUCUCUGGGUAGCUGGUAGGUUUUAGCUGGAAUGCGUGUGCGAGUUCCUCCUCAGGUGCUUCAGUGAGGAACUGCAUCAGAGUUGCUGCUGUUUUAAGCGAAUGAUGUCCUGGUUUAAGAUCAGGUAUAGGGUAAGAGGUAGUGUGUGUGUGUGUGCGUGUGUGUGUGCGUGUGCAUAAAAAAAAAAAUCACUGAAUAAAAGUUACUAAGUCAGUUGGACCUUGUUGAGCUUGCAGGUUUCUUCAGUGUAAGCCAUGCACAUGAUCUUGAGGAGCCCUGAAACAGAGGCAUGGUGUAGGUUUGUCUUAUGGAAUGAGUGGUUACGCUGUACAGAAGGAUUUCAACCGAAAGAUGUAAAGCAGAGCUGUAUCAAAGCAAUUUCCGAAGUGAAAUAUUGUACCAUUGAUGUAAAUGGAAAGAUUAUUUUAAAUCCUUGUAAAUAAAACUGUACAAAAAGAGUGAAAGUGAGAAGAUGUUAAUAUCAGUCUAUGAUGCAGGAAAAUAUGGAUCUGUAUAUUGGUGAAUAAAUCUUGUGCUGUAACAGA